UCUUGUUCAAUUUCUCCACUAUGACUGCUUAACUACUGCUGCUAUUUCAUUUGACAGACAGUUGAGAUAUUCCCUGUUUUCUUCCAUUUCCUUAAAUGGCCACUAGAGGGCAGUAGAAAGCUAAUUGUGGCACAAACAUGGGUCUCCAUAGUUCCCACUUCUCAGGAACGUGGCUGCUCAAGCUCAAGUGAGUUUGGGAUAUUAAGGUAGAGAACACGUUCUUUUUUGAUGCCUAAGCGGAAAUAGUUAGACAGCAAUGAAUUAAACAUUUGCCUAGCCUACCAUUUAUUAAUUAUUUAUUUUCUUGGCUAUUUAAAAUGAGGACGCCAACAUAGAAUAAUGAUUAAUUAGGCCUCAGUAGCAGUCUGACAGUCAGUCAUUGAAUCGAUGCUGAAACAAAAGUGAGAGUUUUGAUGGAUAUGGAUAUGGAUUGUGAUGGUACGGAUAGCCUAUCAGGCAGUCAGACUCUAGACUAUACUCGCCCAUUUAGGCUAUUAAACCUCUACGUGACAAAGGGUAUAUAUAACCUUUUGUGUUGACAACUUUAACUGGGACACUGGAAACACUCGGUGGUUUACGUAAGAACAUCCUGAGUGGCGUAACAUAUUCCAAAAGCGCAUUCAUCAAUGAUUGGUCCAAUAGUGUUGACCCGCCUCAACUACGCUUAUUUCGCUCCUCCUAUUUGCAUGUGAACGAGAUGUUCUCUGUUGUUCCGUCCUCUUUAGUUGGAUCCUACCAUGUCCGAAAUAGGGGUGGACAACAAGAUAAAGUGCAUUUUGUUUUUUUUUUUUAUAGAAAUAUUAUUAAUAUGGGAAUGAUUGUUCAAUUAGAUCCGCAAGCUUCAGAAUACUAAUUAGUCCCUUAGUCCAUAUACGUAGAAGGAAAAAUACUCACUGUUGUUUCCAUUCACAAUAUCUUUGGGUUACUACCCCCCUAAACCAAUGAAGUUUGAGAUCACAAAAAAAUGAUGAAAUAGCCAAGUUGCCGGUUCCGUGAUGUUAGCUGACUGACAGAAUACGUCAAUGCCGGUGGAAUAAGACUGAAAGAGAAGCUGUGUUGGUAUAAUUUCAUUACAUUGAGAAGAAGCCUGUAUGUAGUGUAGAUGUUAUAUCAACCAAGACGGUGAGCCACUGGUAGGCUAUCUAUUCCAGCGUCUGGUUCCUCAGUCGGCAAGCUCAUCUCCGGUCUCCGGGCAGUGCGAGGAUGAAUCCGGUACGACGUUGUUCGGCACUUCUUCAAAGAGACUUUACAGCAUUGUGCCUGUCGUCACUGGGAUCUCCGAAAACAGAGACCCCUAAAAGAGUUGCUUCGCCUUCUUCUCGACAUUGCCACCAGUCGUCCGGUGGAGAAGUUCUAACCUGUCAACCGCAGGUGAAGCCAAGCGGUGCAUCGUCUGUCUCAGUCAACACAAGAAUAGCGGGUCCAAUGGGCAGUGGGAGCAGCAGUGGGAGCAGCAGCAGUAGCCGGCUGUUCGGGACUCUGGCGCAGACGCUGAGCAGUCCCAGCAUCCCGCUGGCGUUGCCGGCGGCGCUGGAGGACGACGACGAUGACUCGUGCGACCCUGCUGACCCAGACCUGCUGCUGCGCGAGUGCGAGGAGGCGCUGCGCAACCGGCCGGCACGCUGGCAACGAGGCUUCAUGCAUCCGACGCACGUGGACGUGAACCCACGCGGACCCAGCCCUGACCAACAGCCUAUCCGCGUCAUGCAGUGGAACAUCCUGGCUCAAGCACUGGGCGAGGGGAAAGACGGCUUUCUGCGCUGCCCGCUGGACGCUCUGAACUGGGCCGAGCGGAAGUACCUGAUCCUGGAAGAGAUCCUCACCUACCAGCCGGACGUGCUGUGCCUGCAGGAGGUGGACCACUACUUCGACACCUUCCGGCCCGUGCUGUCCAGUCUGGGAUACCAAAGUAGCUUCUGCCCCAAGCCCUGGUCGCCUUGCCUGGACGUGGAGAACAACAACGGCCCGGACGGCUGCGCGCUCUUCUUCCGGCGUGACCGUUUCGAGCCGCUGGCCACCAAUCACCUGCGUCUGUCGGCCAUGAUGCUCAAGACCAACCAGGUGGCGGUGGUGACGACGCUAAGGUGCCGCGCGUCCGGUCGCCGCUUCUGCGUGGCGGUCACUCACCUGAAGGCGCGCAGCGGCUGGGAGAGCCUGCGAAGUGCGCAGGGCAGCAGCCUACUGCAGAGUCUGUGCGCCAUCACCAUGGAGAUGGCGGUGCAGGACGCCAGCGGCGCGGUGGCGGACGAAGACGAGGCCGGCGUGCCGCUGAUCGUGUGCGGCGACUUCAACGCCGAGCCGUGGGAGGACGUGUACCGGCGCUUCGCCUCGUCGCCGCUGGGCCUGGACAGCGCCUACAAGCACUUGAGUGCCGACGGCCGCAGCGAGCCGCCCUACACCAGCUGGAAGAUCCGGCGCUCCAGCGGCGAGAGCCGCCACACGCUCGACUACAUCUGGUACUCCAGCCGCCGGUUCUGCGUCAACGGCGUCCUCGAGCUGCCCAACGAGGAGCAGAUCGGCCCGGACCGCCUGCCCUCGUACCACUACCCCUCCGACCACCUGUCGCUCGUCUGUGACUUCAGCUUCUCCGAGCCCACGCAGCCCCACCGGCUGCUCUAGUCGCCCAAUCAGCACUCUGAACAGAUCCGAGUGAUCACCGCAUCCUCCCAUGGAAAACAAACAGACUGCAGUGUCCCCCUCAUCCUCCAAUCAUAGGCCUAAUACAAGUUGGGACACAAGAGACAGUCUGAAGAGGUGGGAACGUAGAAGAACUUUGCUGAGGGACUUGAUGGAGGCACAAAACUAUCCUACAGACAAGCAUCAUCUUUUCUUGUUGUCUUAAAACAUGGCACAUGUUUUUUUUAAGGACAUGCAGUAUUGUCUAUCACUGUGUUUUACAUGUCUGUUAAAGUAAGUGAGCAUGUGUGUGUGAGAGUAAGAUUGUGAGCGAGCGCAAGAAAGACAAACAGUCCUAAUAAGUUCAUUUGGAUAAUAAUAUGUAUAAUAUGCAUUCAAACUGUCCACAAUGACAAAUGAAAAUAUGAGGUACUGAAUUGCAAACAGAUAAUAGUAUUGGUGUGCAAUAAGUGUUACUUCAAUGGAGAGGAUUUAUAUCCCCUUAUCGUGGCACUAUUCCUCAACUUUCUGUUAUCACAAGGCUGCUGUUUUCAGAAAAGCUAGUUAUAUCCAAACAGGUUUUAGAGUAGAGCUCUUGUCUUAUCUUCUAGGGUCACAUUUUUGUUUUGGACGGUUUUAGAUUUUCUGUUUUGUUUAUGCUUUCCUUCUAUAUAAUAGAGGUGAAGUUCCUGAGCUAAAAUGACAAAAAUAAAUAUAACUGCAGAAAUCCUACCUCUUUUCGAACAGUCCUAGUAGGGACUAAGGUAGUAAAGUAGGUUAUUAAUAGGUUUUUUAGACCUGACUGCUCUCAGCACUGUUAAGUUGUCCUCUAUUCUGGAUAACACAAACAGGUGUAGUUUGUCAGUUGUGCCUUUUAAGCUAUUCUAGUCGCACAAUGAAAUUGAAUUGAUUUAAAUGAACUGAAAUGACUUAAUAUUACCUUGUAAUUUAUAUCUUUAAUUUAUGUUAGCAUUUUUUUUUAUCCUGUUUACUAAUUAACAUUGUUAACGUGCAGACUUUAAGUUGUCAUGUGAGAUGUUGAUGUACAUUCUGUGUAAUGCUGUAUGGUGACUACAACAUUGGGAUGCUCCAUGAGCAAACUUUUAUCACAAACAACUACAGGCACUGCUGUGGUUAUACUUAAUGACAAAAGCAAAUAAUAAAUUGCAUCUCAACAGAUGCUGCAUCAGUAGUC